GUGAGUGGUGAGGCACCGAGAGUUCAGUGAAUGAGGGUCUGGGGGCUAAAUGGUGGCCAAAGUUACGGGGCUAGUCAGGAUUGAAUGGUGCCUAUUAAACUGUGACUUUUACACAUUUCCCAGCACGGUGACCGGCUCUAAAGGUUCACGCGCAUCUUUCAGGCCCCUCAGUAGAUGCACCCCGCUCCUCCUGCCCUCUUCUCUUGCCCAAGCCCAGAGAUAAGGGCCUAUUGUGAACGCUCCAGCUGAAGUGAACCUGCACCUGAAGGGCUCUUUUCGGCUCUCGGGCAAGACAGUCGCUGUGAGCUCAGUCUUCACAAAUCUCUGCUUUUUCUCAAGAAGAGCAGGAAAUGGCCAAAUCCCAGGGACUAGUGACAUUUGAGGAUGUGGCUGUAGAUUUCUCCCAGGAGGAGUGGAAGUACCUGAACCUUCCACAGAGGACCCUGUAUAGAGACGUGAUGCUAGAGACCUACAGCAACCUAGUCUCCGUGGGGCAGCAGGUUACUAAACCAGACCUCAUUCUCAGGUUGGAGGAAGAAUGUCCAGCAGAAGGAAGAAUCCCACUUUGGAGCUUUCCAGGAGUCUGCCAAGUUGAUGAACAGAUUGAGAGGCAUCAUCAGGAUGACCAACACAAAUGUCUGUUCAUGCAAGUUGGAUUUCCUGACAAAAAAACAAUUAUCACCAAGAGUGGACAUGACUGUAAUGAAUUUGGAAACACACUUCAUAUGAGUACAAACCUUGCUGCUUCAAUACAAAGACCCCAUAAAUAUGAAUCACUUGGAAGUAAUAUUGUAGAUAAUUUAGACUUAUUUAGUAGAAGUUCUGUGGAAAAGAAAUAUGAUAGUGGAUGUGUGAAAUUAUUUUUCCAUACUGAGUAUGAGAAAACAAAUCCUGGAGUUAAACCCUAUGUGUAUAAAGAAUGUGGGAAAUCCCUCAGGCGUAAGAAAGGCCUUAGCUUACAUCAGAGAAUUAAAAAUGGAGAGAAACCCUUUGAAUGUACUGCAUGUAGGAAAACCUUCAGCAAGAAGUCGCACCUCAUUGUACAUUGGAGAACUCAUACGGGAGAGAAACCCUUUGGAUGUACUGAAUGUGGAAAAGCCUUUAGCCAAAAAUCUCAGCUCAUUAUACACUUGAGAACUCAUACAGGAGAGAGACCCUUUGAGUGUCCUGAAUGUGGAAAAGCCUUCAGAGAAAAGUCAACUGUCAUCAUACAUUAUAGGACUCACACAGGAGAGAAACCUUAUGAAUGUAAUGAAUGUGGAAAAGCCUUCACUCAGAAAUCAAACCUCAUUGUCCAUCAGAAAACCCACACAGGAGAGAAAACCUAUGAAUGUACUAAAUGUGGGGAAUCUUUCAUACAGAAGCUUGAUCUAAUUAUACAUCAUAGUACCCAUACAGGAAAGAAACCCCAUGAAUGUAAUGAGUGUAAGAAAACUUUCAGUGAUAAGUCAACUCUCAUUAUACAUCAAAGAACUCAUACGGGCGAGAAACCACAUAAAUGUACCGAAUGUGGGAAAUCUUUCAAUGAGAAGUCAACCCUUAUUGUGCAUCAAAGAACUCAUACAGGAGAGAAACCAUAUGAAUGUGAUGUGUGUGGAAAAACCUUCACCCAAAAGUCAAACCUGGGUGUACAUCAGAGAACUCAUUCAGGAGAGAAACCCUUUGAAUGCAAUGAAUGUGAGAAAGCCUUUUCUCAAAAAUCCUAUCUCAUGCUACAUCAAAGAGGUCAUACAGGAGAAAAACCCUAUGAGUGCAACGAAUGUGAAAAAGCAUUUUCCCAGAAAUCAUAUCUUAUUAUACAUCAAAGAACUCAUACAGAAGAAAAACCCUAUAAAUGUAACGAAUGUGGCAAAGCCUUCAGAGAAAAGUCAAAGCUUAUUAUACAUCAGAGAAUACAUACAGGAGAGAAACCCUAUGAGUGUCCUGUGUGUUGGAAAGCUUUUAGCCAGAAGUCACAGCUCAUAAUACAUCAGAGAACACACACAGGAGAGAAACCUUAUGCUUGCAGCGAGUGUGGCAAAGCCUUCAGAGAAAAAUCUACAUUCACUGUACAUCAGAGAACUCACACUGGAGAGAAACCGUAUAAAUGUGCAGAAUGUGGGAAAGCCUUUACCCAAAAAUCAAACCUUAUUGUACAUCAGAGAACCCAUACAGGAAAGAAAGCCUAUGGGAGAGGCCACACCCGGAAGUCAAAGCUCAUUGCACAUUAGAGAGCAAAUCAGCAGUGUCAGUUAUUACCCUGCAGGAAAGUUGUAUCAGUUUAAUUAACAUUUUAAAAAUAUGUUCUGACUUCUGGUUUAAAUAUAGGGAGUAAAGUAAAGUUGACCUUUCUUCUUUUCAUCUCAGUCUCUACCCAAAGCUAUAGGAGAAAAAGAAGUAGAAUUUUAAUCUCUGUAUCUGACAAUAUUAGGAGACAGCUGAAACCCUCACAGGAGGGCUGGCAUAGGAAAUGAACCACUGAUGCAGGAGAUUUCAGAGAGCGAGAGUGCUCAAGGCCGCAGAUGUGAGACAGCACUGGUAAGGACUCUUAGCUGAGGUUCAGGAUAUACCCCAAGGUGCAGAAUCAUAAAUAAAACAAUGGUAACAGAGUGCAUAGGAAGGUAGGAGGUUUCUUAGACCACUGUGGUUCGAGAAGAAACAUGCAGGGACCUCAACAAGGAAUCACUCAGACAAGCCAUAUUUGUAAAGUAUUUUCUGUACUGAUGGGAGCACACUUGAGAGUGGGUUUUAGGGGAAGAGAAGGAACUUUUCUUUGUGAAGAGCCCUAUAUAUGCCUCUAUUUAUGGACUCAGGAAGAGUAAAGUCUGAAAGAAGUAACAAACAUGGGGAAAAAAAUACCAGCUGUUAGAAAAAUUGAUCUCACUAUAAUGUGGCCUUGGUUUCUUCCCCCACAUGAACCUCCAAUGAAUAGAAAGUCCAGGAAAAAACUCUUCUCAUUCAAAGAGGAAUGACUCAAAACCACAAAUGCACAUGGUUUUUGAGCCAGCAGUUCCACUCCUAGGAAUGUAUAUACUCACAUGUGUACAAAAUGAACAUAUAGAGGUAUUCAUUGAUGGACUAUUUGUGAAAACAAAAGAUUGCAGGCUGUAUAAAUGACACCACCAGGGUUUUAGUUACCAAAAUUGUGGUAUAUUCACAUAGCAUAUGCCUAGGUAGAGGUAGACUAAAUAAAUAAAGAGAACUUGGAUACCAUUUAUGUAGCGAUGUUGGAUAAUCUCCAAGUUAUGUUAUUAGGUAAGAAAAGCAAGGUGCAGCAUAGUCAGUAUGAUAUGCUACUGUUUGUACAUAAAAAGGGAAAAAAUGGUAAAUACAUGAUUGUAUAUGUAUAAAUUAUCUCUGGAAAGAGACAUAGGAACUGGUAACCCUGAUUACCUCAGGGAAGGGGCAGUGAGGGGGGGAUGGAAUUGGGAGGGAGAUAACUGUGUAUCCUUUCAUAGCUUUUGAAAAUUGUACUAUGUGGUUGUACUGCCUUUUCAAAAAAAAUAAAACAUUUUAAAAGC